AUGCAAUCGCAUGAUCUUAGUCGACGCCGUAGUACUAUCAAUUUAACAGUACUGCUGGCUGUAUUGAAAUUUAAAGCGCUUGGAUUUCGUGCUAAAGCUCGUCGUGCCAAAACUAAAUAUCGUAAACAAAUUGAAAGUGAUGAUCGAAGAUGGACUGGACGACGAUUGAAAUUAAGUGGCCGAGCAGCUGUUCCUAUUCCAGCAGAAAUCUUUGGUUUAUUCGAAUUGGAAAUUCUCGAUUUGUCAACUGAACGCACGUCCGGUCUUGAUUUUCGUAUUGAACGUCUUCCACAUGCAAUCGGCUAUUUAUAUCGUUUACGCGUUCUCAAUCUCGAUGUCAACGGUUUAACGUCAUUACCCAAUGAAAUAGGAGAACUGAAAAAUCUUGAAUGUCUGACUGUUUCAUGUAAUCGAUUACAAACAUUGCCAUUAUCAUAUAAAAGAUUAACACGAUUAGAAAGUUUACAUUUAGCAUCGAAUUGUUUUCAAGCAUUCCCACUGGUUAUAUGUCAAAUGGAAUCAUUGAGAUUUCUCGAUUUAAGUUGUAAUCGAAUCUGUGUUCUACCACCGACAUUAUCGAAAUUGAAACGUUUAAGAACUUUAAUGUUAUACAACAAUAAAAUAAGUGAAUGGCCUGAUCCUUUAUGUGAUCUACUCGAAUUACAUACAUUGUGGUUGGGAAAAAAUGAACUCAAACGUUUGCCAUUGCAUUUCGGACAAUUAAGACAUUUAGAUUGGGCAAAUUAUCCAUUAUCAUCGAACAUUGAUGAUAAUCCAUUGAUGAGUCCACCCUUAAAUGUUUGUCAAUUGGGUAUUCAAGCGAUCCGAGAUUAUCUUGGAUCGGGAUGCCGAAGAGAAAUUCAAUAA